GUUACCGCCGGCUCCGUCGCCGAGGAAGCCGCCGCAGCCGGGCCGGGAGUGGAGGCGGCGCGGCAUGAAGCGGCGCAGGCCCGCUCCGUAGCACGCGUCGGGACGCUCCGGGCGGGGCCGGGGGGGAAGGGUUGGAUGGUGAGAAAAGGAAAGACUCCUGUGAGAAGAGAGCAAGAUGAGCAGAGGGAUCUAUGCUUGGAGUUGAGUCACUUGAAAAAGAUCUCUUUGAAUGUGGAAGAGGUCUGAGCAGAUGAAAAUACAAUCAGGAAAAUGCAACAUGGCAGCAGCAAUGGAAACAGAACAGCUGGGUGUUGAGAUAUUUGAAACUGCAGAGUGUGAGGAGAAUAUUGAAUCACAGGAUCGGCCUAAACUGGAGCCAUUUUAUGUUGAGCGAUAUUCCUGGAGUCAGCUUAAAAAGCUCCUUGCUGAUACCAGAAAAUAUCAUGGCUACAUGAUGGCUAAGGCCCCACAUGAUUUUAUGUUUGUGAAGAGGAAUGAUCCAGAUGGGCCUCAUUCAGACAGGAUCUAUUACCUUGCUAUGUCUGGUGAGAACAGAGAAAAUACACUGUUUUAUUCUGAAAUUCCCAAAACCAUCAACAGAGCAGCAGUCUUAAUGCUCUCUUGGAAGCCUCUUUUGGAUCUUUUUCAGGCAACACUGGACUAUGGAAUGUAUUCUCGAGAAGAGGAACUAUUAAGAGAAAGAAAACGCAUUGGAACUGUUGGAAUUGCUUCCUAUGAUUAUCACCAAGGAAGUGGAACAUUUCUGUUUCAAGCUGGUAGUGGAAUUUAUCACGUAAAAGAUGGAGGGCCACAAGGGUUUACUCAACAACCCUUACGGCCAAAUUUAGUAGAAACUAGCUGUCCCAACAUUCGCAUGGAUCCCAAAUUAUGCCCAGCUGAUCCAGACUGGAUUGCUUUUAUACAUAGCAAUGAUAUUUGGAUAUCCAACAUUGUAACCAGAGAAGAAAGGAGGCUCACCUAUGUGCAUAAUGAACUAGCCAACAUGGAAGAAGAUCCCAGAUCAGCUGGAGUUGCUACCUUUGUUCUUCAAGAAGAAUUUGAUAGAUAUUCUGGCUACUGGUGGUGUCCAGAAGCUGAAACAACUCCCAAUGGCAGCAAAAUUCUGAGAAUUCUAUAUGAAGAAAAUGAUGAAUCUGAGGUGGAAAUUAUUCAUGUUACAUCCCCUAUGUUGGAAACAAGGAGGGCAGAUUCAUUCCGUUAUCCUAAAACAGGCACAGCAAAUCCAAAAGUCACUUUUAAGAUGUCAGAAAUAAUGAUUGAUGCUGAAGGAAGGAUUAUCGAUGUCAUAGAUAAGGAACUAAUUCAGCCUUUUGAGAUUCUGUUUGAAGGAGUUGAAUAUAUUGCCAGAGCUGGAUGGACUCCAGAGGGAAAAUAUGCUUGGUCCAUUCUACUAGAUCGCUCCCAAACUCGCCUACAGAUAGUGUUGAUCUCACCUGAAUUAUUUAUCCCAGUAGAAGAUGAUGCCAUGGAAAGACAGAGACUUAUCGAGUCGGUGCCUGACUCUGUGACGCCACUAAUUAUCUAUGAAGAAACAACAGACAUCUGGAUAAAUAUCCAUGACAUCUUUCAUGUUUUUCCCCAAAGUCAUGAAGAUGAAAUUGAAUUUAUUUUUGCCUCUGAAUGCAAAACAGGUUUCCGUCAUUUAUACAAAAUCACAUCCAUUUUAAAGGAGAGCAAAUAUAAACGAUCCAGUGGUGGGCUGCCUGCCCCAAGUGAUUUCAAGUGUCCUGUCAAAGAGGAAAUAGCCAUUACCAGUGGUGAAUGGGAAGUUCUUGGCCGGCAUGGAUCUAAUAUCCAGGUUGAUGAAGUCAGGAAGCUGGUAUAUUUUGAAGGCACCAAGGACUCUCCUUUAGAACAUCACCUAUAUGUGGUCAGUUAUGUAAAUCCUGGAGAGGUGACAAGGCUGACUGACCGUGGCUAUUCCCACUCUUGCUGCAUCAGCCAGCAUUGUGACUUCUUUAUAAGUAAGUAUAGUAACCAGAAGAAUCCACACUGUGUGUCCCUUUACAAGCUCUCAAGCCCUGAAGAUGACCCAACUUGCAAAACAAAGGAAUUUUGGGCCACCAUUUUGGAUUCAGCAGGUCCUCUUCCUGACUACACCCCUCCAGAGAUUUUCUCUUUUGAAAGUACUACUGGAUUUACGUUGUAUGGGAUGCUGUACAAACCUCAUGAUCUACAACCUGGAAAGAAAUACCCUACUGUGCUAUUCAUAUAUGGUGGUCCUCAGGUGCAGUUGGUGAAUAAUCGGUUUAAAGGAGUCAAGUAUUUCCGCUUGAAUACCCUAGCCUCUCUGGGUUAUGUGGUUGUAGUGAUAGACAACAGGGGAUCCUGUCACCGAGGGCUUAAGUUUGAAGGCGCCUUUAAAUACAAAAUGGGUCAAAUAGAGAUUGACGAUCAGGUGGAAGGACUCCAGUAUCUAGCUUCUCAAUAUGAUUUCAUUGACUUAGAUCGUGUGGGCAUCCAUGGCUGGUCCUAUGGAGGAUACCUCUCCCUGAUGGCAUUAAUGCAGAGGUCAGAUAUCUUCAGGGUUGCCAUUGCUGGGGCCCCAGUUACUCUGUGGAUCUUCUAUGAUACAGGCUACACAGAACGUUAUAUGGGCCACCCUGACCAGAAUGAACAGGGCUAUUACUUAGGAUCUGUGGCCAUGCAAGCAGAAAAGUUUCCCUCUGAUAUCUACAGAACU